AUGUCAUCACAAACAAGCAACGGCGAUAGGAAACUAUUCAAGUCUAAAACUAUGGCUGUCUAUGCCCGUGAUCAAUGUUCGGGGUCUCGCGAUACCUUGGAUAAUGUUGAGAUGCAAAGGAGAGAAGAUGACUAUGGAGAUCAGGAAGAUGGAUUGUUGUCAGACGAGAAGGAUUCCCCAUUACCAGAAUUUGAAGUGGAAGAGGAAUGGCAUUUGAGAACCGGCUGGGUAAUUGUCUCAUCGAUUUUAACUAUCGUGGGAUGUUUCGUCGCGAUGGUUGCAUUCGGAAGGUACUUCGUCGCCAAAGAAGGUACGAUGAUUGACUAUCCAGAGACAUCAUCUAGCGACUUCCGCAGGUCAACAAGUGAUUAUAUCUUGGAUCCCGACUGGGACUUUGAUGCCUCCUCAAAAGUUCGGAUAUAUCAUUGGGCGAUCAAAGAUAUCAUGGCAAACCCAGAUGGGGUUUUGAGACCUAUGAUCACUAUCAAUUCACAAUUCCCUGGGCCGAGGAUUGAGUGUAAUGAGGGUGAUACUUUGAUUAUUGAUGUUGAUAAUCAAAGUGUCAAUGCUACCUCUAUACAUUUCCAUGGUAUCUUUCAAAACGGAACGAACCAUAUGGACGGUACCACGGGAGUAACACAAUGUCCUAUCGCGCCAGGCCAUAAGUUUCGCUAUGAGUUCACCGUCACCGGUCAAUCUGGCACCUAUUACUAUCAUGGACAUCAAGCUGUACAAAUAUCCGAUGGCUUGUACGGGCCUCUAGUUAUUCAUUCCAAGAAAGAGAAGACUUUACAGCAAAUAUCAUAUGCUACGGAUCGCGUAGUCAUGCUCCAAGAUUAUUACCACGAGCUUAGCAGUGGACUCCUGAUUGAAGAUCUCAAGCCUGGUAGCGAAUCUUCACCAAUUCCUGAUGGAGCAUUAAUCAAUGGACUUAACAGUCGAGACUGUUCCGUUCUACCACAUCGAACAUGUGACAACUCGACAGCAAGUCUCCCUUCAUUCGAUUUAACCGCAAAUGCCAAUCAUAGGCUACGAUUCAUCAACGUUGGUGCAUUUGCUUGGUUUCAAGUCAGUUUAGAUGAGCACGAGUUUGCAAUCACUGAAGUAGACGGUACGGAUAUUAUGCCGUCAUAUGAUACUCGCUUGAUGAUUAGUCCUGCACAGCGCUACAGUCUAAUCAUCAACACCAAUCAUAUCUCCACCGAUGUGUUUUGGCUUCGAGCACGAAUGGUAACGCAUUGCUGGAAAGAACCUAAUUUACCCGCACAUGGGGCUGCUGAAGUUCGAGCUAUUAUCCGUUAUGUUUCUGACAACAACUCACCGAAAGACAUAACCAUACAACCCACUUCUCUAAAUUGGAAUAAGGGAAUCGAAGUAAAAUGCAGAGACAUGAACACCACGACCUAUAUCCCCACCUCCCUUAGACCCGCACCCACGAUAGCAGAUCACACCUAUUUCCUACGCGCAAAUCUAGAAAGAGGCGAUUGGCGUCUGCAGCGAGGCUUUCUCAAUACCUCUACUUUUCGUCCUCAGAUUCAACACCCAACACUCCAUCGCACCAUCGAUGGUUUUGCCACUAAAAAUGAAUCGUUCACAUCCUUGAGUGAUACCAACGGGGUAAAUUCAGUAGCAUACGACCAGAAACAUGAUUUCCUAAUCCAACACUCUGGGAUUAAAGUCGUCGAUAUCAUCAUCCAAAACUUCGACGAAGGAAGCCAUCCCAUGCAUCUCCACGGCCACAAAAUGUGGGUUUUAGGUCAAGCUCACGGUCCCUUUCCGGGUUAUCAAGCCCUGAAUCUCCAAGAGCAGGGCCGUGGUACACUGCCAGGUCACGAACACGCACUAGAUAACUUGAUACGAAGAGAUGUAGCGAGCGUAGAAGGAUUCGGAUGGUUGGCUCUUAGAUUUGUGGCGGAUAAUCCGGGAGUGUGGGCUUUUCAUUGUCAUAUGAUGUGGCAUGCUGAGGCGGGCAUGGUGAUGCAGUUUAUAGAUCGCGUGGAUGAAGUGGCGAUGUGGAAAAUCCCAAAGGAAAAUCAAAAAUUGUGUGAAGUUGAUAUUGGGGAGUUGGAGAAAGGGGCGGUGCCGAAGGAUGAGACGUGGUUUGGUUUUGGGGUUGGGGGGUGA